UUAUGGCAACAUUUCGCAUUUUUAUCUCUCUCUCUCUCCACUAAAUAAAAAUAAACACUGUCAAUUCAUCAUCAUCAUCAUCAGUAAGAUAUCAAAUCAUAACUAAUCAUAGUCUAGACAUAGAGAGUGAUACCAACAAUGAGACUAAGGUUAAAAUCAAAGACAGGGAUUAAGACUAUAGUGGUCGAUGACCACUUAUCAUUUAAACAAUUUAUAAAUGAUGGUGAAUACUUUAAUGAUUUGAAAUCAUCAUCAUCAGAUGAGAUUGUGGCGAUUAAACGAGGAUUCCCCCCUGUUUCCAUAUCUUUACAUGAUAUAGCUGAUAAUGAAACCAUCACUGAUAAGGGAAUUAAAGCUGGUGAUCAACUUAUUAUAGAAUUUGGUCGAGGUGUUACUGGUGGAAGUGAUGGUGAUGUUGUUAACAGUGAGAAAUUGCCACAGACUGUUUCACCGCAACCAUCCCUGAUAUCAUCCAUCCCAACUUCAGACAAAGCUAGUACCGCUAAAGAAGAUGACAUACCAUCAGUAUACAUCCCUGAUUUAAAGAAAUACCUCAUUUUAAGAAACAUACCGGAUGAUAAUUCAUGUUUAUUCAAUUCGAUAUCAUAUGCAUUAAGUGGAUAUGACUCUUAUGAAACGAUAAGUCCACCACUGGAAUUAAGAAAAGUAAUAGUUCAAUAUAUUCAGAAUGAUCCUCUUUUAUAUAAUGAAGUUAUAUUAGGACGACCAGUGGAAGAAUAUUGUCAAUGGAUAUUAAAGAAGGAUUCAUGGGGUGGAGCUAUUGAAUUAGGGAUAUUGGCUAAUUGGUUUAAUAUUAGAAUUGAUUGUUUAGAUAUCGAACUGGGGAAAUUCAUUCAAUUCAAGAAUGAAGAUAGUGAUAUUCCGAUUGAUAAAUUCAUUAUAUUGAUUUAUAGUGGGAUCCAUUAUGAUUUAUUAGCAUUAAAUCCAAUAAAGAGUACUCUAAGUAAGGAUAAAGCUGAUGAUAUAACUCAAUUUGAAAUCAAUCCUACUACUGAAUCAAUCAUACUUGAACAAAGUUGUCAAACUUUAUGUCAUCUUUUACAAACUGAAAAUUAUGCUACAAAUACUACCACAUUUAGAGUUAGAUGUCUUGAUUGUUAUAAGAUAUUAGUAGGAGAAAUGGGAGCCACAAAACAUGCCAAUACUUAUGGACAUUUCCGAUUUGGGGAAGUCAAAUAAACUAGUUAGACCUUAAGCAGAAUAAAAUUGUAAUAUAUGUUAACAGUAGUAGUUAUGUUACACCUAAUUGUAGUUAUUUAGACUGCAAACAGUGGACGUGUACCAUUCCCAAAAAAC